CAGUUUAGUUUCGCACUAAACUUCGAACGGUAUGGAUUUGUGAAGCAAAAGCGGAGUGCCCUACGUGGAUAAAUCAUAGUUUCCUAGCCCUCAGUGUGUGGUGCCCCAUUGCAGUGGGAGUCUUUCGGUGGCAGUGAAAAAUCGAAGAUUUCAGUGAAAAUUCACCAUAUCCAUGGAUGUUUUCUGUUGAAAAGAUUGGAGACGACUGAAUAAAGGUCAUCCAAACAGUAUAAAGUGAACAACGUUGGGGCACUACGUCCUGACUAACUUUCUGCUGGAAAAAAGUGAAUCUGAAUUAUUAAUUUUUCAUACACAACUAAGAGCACCGCCUCAGGCCUAGGGGGCCUCUCGCCGUCAUGUCGUCCGUAAAGGUGGCGGUCCGAGUGCGACCCUUCAACUCCCGCGAAAUCGCACGUGAAUCAAAAUGUAUCAUCGAAAUGUCCGGCAACACUACCUGCAUCACAAACCCGAAGGUACCGCCGGGCGCGAGCGAAGCGAUCAAGCAAUUCAACUACGAUUACUCGUACUGGUCUCACAAUCCUCGGGAUCCGGAAUUUUCUACCCAAGCAAUGGUAUACGCUGACAUCGGCGAAGAAAUGCUGCAGCAUUCGUUCGAUGGGUACAAUGUGUGCAUUUUCGCGUACGGCCAGACCGGUGCUGGCAAAUCCUAUACAAUGAUGGGCAAACAGGAAGAAGGCCAGGAAGGAGUUAUUCCAAUGAUAUGCGAAGAUCUGUUCCGUCGGAUACAGGAAACAGAGACCGUCGAUCUGAAGUACUCAGUCGAGGUGUCCUACAUGGAGAUUUAUUGUGAACGAGUUCGAGAUCUGCUUAACCCCAAGAAUAAAGGCAAUCUUAAAGUGCGUGAACAUCCGCUUCUGGGGCCAUAUGUGGAAGACUUGUCGAAACUAGCGGUGACUUCCUACCAGGAUAUACAUGACCUGAUUGACGAGGGCAACAAAGCAAGAACUGUUGCCGCCACCAACAUGAACGAGACGAGCUCCCGUUCGCAUGCUGUGUUUACAAUAUUCUUCACACAAAAGCGUGUCGAUAAGAUGACAAGCUUGGAGACGGAAAAAGUCUCCAAGAUCAGCCUGGUCGAUUUGGCUGGCUCCGAGCGAGCAGAUUCGACCGGAGCCAAGGGCACCCGCCUCAAGGAAGGUGCUAAUAUCAACAAAAGUUUGACAACCCUCGGCAAGGUUAUUUCCGCUCUAGCAGAAAUGGCAUCCAAGAGCAAAAAAUCCAAAAAAGCAGACUUCAUACCGUACCGUGACUCCGUGCUGACAUGGCUGCUACGCGAAAAUCUCGGUGGCAACUCCAAAACGGCCAUGAUUGCCGCGAUAUCGCCGGCCGAUAUCAACUACGACGAAACGCUGAGCACGCUGAGAUACGCUGACCGUGCCAAACAGAUUGUCUGCAAAGCCAUCGUUAAUGAGGAUGCCAACGCGAAACUCAUCCGCGAGCUCAAGGAGGAAAUCCAGAAGCUUCGCGAACUGCUCAAGGCAGAGGGUAUUGAGGUGCAGGAAGGACCGGACGGUAGAGUGGUUUGUGAAAAGCGAGAUGCUAAUAAGGAAGAGUGCAAUAAACCGGAAAAGGGCGACGGUGUUGGUGGUGGCGGCGGUGUUGUUGGUACUGAUAACGGAACCAGCGGAAACAACAAAGCGGAAGACGAUGUCGGCAGUAUGGAGAAGAAAAUAUGUUCACCCAACAGGCUGCGCAAACGUACCGGUUCCAGUACCGAAAUGGCAGUCGACCAAUUGCAGGCGAGCGAGAAACUCAUUGCCGAGCUGAAUGAAACGUGGGAGGAGAAGCUGAAGCGUACCGAGCAGAUUCGGGUUCAGCGAGAGGCCGUUUUUGCCGAGAUGGGUGUCGCCGUCAAGGAGGACGGUAUGACUGUUGGCGUUUUCUCACCCAAGAAGUCACCUCAUUUGGUGAAUCUGAAUGAGGAUCCAACGCUUUCUGAGUGCUUGCUGUAUUACAUAAAAGAUGGUCUAACGCGUCUCGGUACAUCGGAAGCUAACGUUCCUCAGGACAUCCAGCUAUCGGGUUCGCACAUCCUCAAAGAGCAUUGUGUUUUCGAAAAUAAAGAUGACGUUGUCACACUGGUUCCCCACAAGGAUGCGUUGGUGUAUCUCAACGGCAGAGAGCUUACCGAGCCGGAAGUGCUACAGACCGGGUCUCGCGUAAUUCUGGGUAAGAAUCAUGUGUUCCGCUUCACCCAUCCGGAUCAGGCACGGGAGAAGCGUGAGAAAUCGAAGGAUUCCAAAGAUAAAGACGUCUGCGAAACAGCGGGCACAACCGGUGAAGUGGCUGACUGGAACUUCGCCCAGUGUGAGCUGCUCGAGAAGCAAGGCAUUGAUUUGAAGGCCGAAAUGCAGAAACGAUUGUGCGCACUGGAGGAGCAAUUCAAGCGCGAGAAGCUCGCUGCUGAUCAGGAGUUUGAGGAACAGCGUAAGACGUAUGAAGCUCGCAUUGAUGCACUGCAGAAGCAAGUUGAGGAACAAUCAAUGACGAUGUCGAUGUACAGCAGCUACAGUCCGGAGGAUUUCCACCAAGAAGAGGAUAUAUUUGUAAAUCCAUUGUUCGAGUCAUGCUGGACAGCUCGCGAGGCGGGUCUGGCCGCAUGGGCUUUCCGUAAGUGGCGUUAUCAUCAGUUCACAUCCCUCCGGGAUGAUCUCUGGGGUAAUGCUAUAUUCCUGAAGGAAGCCAAUGCUAUUUCAGUGGAAUUGAAGAAAAAGGUUCAGUUUCAAUUUACGCUUCUAACCGAUACAUUAUACUCACCACUUCCACCGGAGCUUGCUUCAUCAACAACUAACGACAACGCGUUGACUAAUGGACAAGAGGACGAAUUUGAUCAGGCUCCGGUACCCCGCACGAUUGUUGCAGUGGAAGUAACAGACACUAAGAAUGGAGCAACGCACUUCUGGAGCUUGGAGAAAUUACGCUAUCGCCUCGAGCUGAUGCGGCAAAUCUAUAACUCCACGGAAACAUCACCCGAGGUCAUGAGCUAUAUGCUGGACCUAUCCGGGACGAUGGCGAUGGACACGGGCGGAUAUUACGACAGCACCGCCACCUUUCAGCAACGAUUGAUUCCCAACCCAUUCGUCGUGUCGAAGUGUGAUACUCAAAGCACGCCGCCCUGUCCGACGGCUAACAAAUGUCCGGGAGACUGCUUGAUGACUUCAUCGAGCCAAUCUUCUUUGUUGACCGGGACCGGCACUAGCAGGAACAGUGGACGGCUAACGCUAGCGAACUUGAUGCCCUCUAGACAACGCUUGGAACUUAUGCGUGAAAUGUACCACAAUGAGGCAGAAUUGAGUCCAACCUCUCCGGAUUACAACGUGGAAAGCCUAACUGGAGGAGAUCCGUUCUACGAUCGCUUCCCGUGGUUCCGCAUGGUUGGAAGAUCGUUUGUCUAUCUGAGCAAUCUCCUGUAUCCGGUUCCGCUGGUUCACAAGGUGGCAAUCGUGAAUGAACGUGGUGACGUACGGGGCUACCUGCGGGUUGCCGUCCAACCGGUCAUGGACGAGGAGAAUGCCGACUUCAACAAUGGCGUUAAGCAGUCCGCUCGCAUUUUGUUCGACGAGGAGCAAAACGGGCAGCAUAAGAUUCCGAAAAUUCGAACCAUCCACGAUAAGGAUGAGAAAUAUAUCGAGGGAGCGAAUGAUAUUAUGAAACUGGAGGAGCUGGAACAGGAGGAUGCUGAUUCGGGUCGGGGUGAUUCUAGUGUGGCUUCCGAGCUGCACGAGUCGAACGAACAGGAACCGGGAGAACAUCUGCAACCGGGCAAGGAGUUCACAUUCCGCGUUACUGUACUGCAGGCUACUGGAAUUGCGGCGGAAUAUGCGGAUAUUUUCUGUCAGUUCAACUUUUUACAUCGCCACGAGGAGGCGUUUUCAACGGAACCGGUCAAGAACUCUGGAUCAGGAGCACCGCUUGGAUUCUAUCAUGUGCAAAAUAUCACAGUUCCGGUCACAAAGUCCUUCAUUGAGUACUUGAAAACGCAACCGAUCGUAUUCAAGGUGUUCGGACACUAUCAGCACCAUCCGCUGCACAAGGACGCCAAGCAGGAUUGUCAGAUCACACGUCCGCCACCGCGUCGCAUGUUGCCACCAAGCAUUCCAAUCAGUCAACCGGUACGCAGUCCCAAGUUCGGUCCACUGCCGUGUCCUCCCUCGUCAACAGUAUUAGCCAAGCAUGAUGUACUGGUAUGGUUUGAAAUUUGUGAGCUGGCUCCGAACGGCGAGUACGUUCCGGCGGUGGUGGACCAUAGCGAUGAUCUGCCUUGCCGUGGCCUAUUUCUGCUGCACCAGGGUAUACAGCGCCGAAUUAGGAUAACAAUCGUACACGAACCAACGCCCGAGGUUAAAUGGAAGGAUAUCCGUGAGCUAGUGGUUGGACGCAUCCGUAACCAGCCGGAACCGGCCGAUGAGUUGGAUGAUACAGAUUCCUGUGUGCUGUCGUUGGGAUUGUUCCCGGGAGAGGUGCUGGAGGUUCCUGGUGACGAUCGAUCAUUCUUCCGUUUUGAGGCCGCCUGGGAUUCUAGUCUGCACAACUCUGCUCUGCUCAAUCGUGUCACACAAACUGGCGAACAGAUCUUUAUCACGCUUAGUGCAUAUCUAGAGCUAGAGAACUGUGCUCGUCCCGCUAUCAUUACCAAAGACCUUAGUAUGAUCAUCUACGGCCGAGAUGCACGCACUGGACCCCGCUCGCUCAAACACUUGUUCUCGGGCCAGUAUCGCAAUCCAGAGGCCAACCGACUGUCGGGCGUGUACGAGCUGUCACUGAGGAGAGCUUCCGAAGCAGGUAGUCCAGGUGUUCAAAGACGCCAGCGACGUGUGUUGGACACCAGCUCCACGUAUGUCCGGGGUGAGGAAAAUCUACACGGCUGGCGUCCACGUGGCGAUUCGCUGAUCUUCGACCACCAGUGGGAGCUGGAGAAGCUGACUCGGCUCGAGGAGGUUGGUCGCAUCAGACAUCUGCUGAUGUUGCGUGAACGUCUCGGAAUGGACACGACGCCCAAUCCGACCACCAAGACCGAGAAAGAUGUCUGCAAUUUGGCACAGCGAGCGAGUGCUUCUCCGGUGCAUAUGGUCAUUCCAAAUUCGCCCCAAACACCGGUCAAGGAUCAGCAGACACCGACCCUGCCUGAUCGAGAACUAACCCCGCGGGAGACGGAUCUGGUCUGGAAGUGUGUCAAGCUCAUCCAGGGACGCAUCGGUUCCAAGGGUGAUCCGAGCGAAACCACCAAUCAGCUUGCGGUGGAUGCCUCGCCGGGUGAUGAAGGUUGUGCUGAUAUGAACGCCAGCUAUAUUUCGGGUAACUCUAUCGAGCUCUGUUCGCCGGAUCGAGCAGAUGCUCCGACCAACGGAUGGGAAGCACCCGCGCCAGCUCCACAGACCCAAGAGGUAUCGAUGAGGCUCUACGUCCCGGAGUUGGAGGAAAUUCGGGUCAGCCCUGUUGUGGCUCGGAAAGGCUACUUAAAUGUGCUCGAACAUGGUGGUUCGGGUUGGAAGAAGCGCUGGGUUACCGUGCGUCGUCCAUAUGUUUUCAUUUUCCGCUCAGACAAGGACCCGGUCGAGAGGGCCGUUUUGAAUUUGGCUACAGCACAAGUCGAAUGCAGUGAGGACCAAGCGGCGAUGGUGAAGGUCCCAAAUACUUUCAGUGUGGUGACGAAGCAUCGGGGAUAUUUGUUGCAGACACUGGGUGACAAGGAAGUACAUGAUUGGCUCUACGCCAUCAAUCCACUUCUCGCCGGUCAGAUCAGAUCCCGGCUCGCGCGACGGAGCGUCAUCAGCAGCGGCAGUAACGGCGAUGCCCCGUCGAUCAUUGCCCUCUCGCAGCAGACGCAGCAUCAGGUCAGCGGGGGUGGUUCGGCAAAAUGAGAUACGAUAACGAUGGAGUCCGUACUGGUGUACUAAGCGCACGGUCUCAUCUCCAUCGUCCCUACGAGGCUACGAGGCUACACCAGCGGCGACGGUUAGUGAUAGUAGGUAAAGAUCGGAAUGGUGACCGUCCCACCGUGGGAGGACGAAGCAGCUCGAAGGUGCUUCUCUUCGGUUAUGUUAGCGAGCUGGUUUGGUUCUGUACCAGACUGAACGAACUUUUGUUUAUGGUUAUCCUUCAAUUGCUGUACGAGUGUUGAAGCUGCUUCAGAGAAGCGACCAGUGAGUAUUAUUACUACGGACACCGGACACCGGCUCCAUCGGUGAGUUUUGCAUAAGAUGAAUGUAAACGAACAAAAUUGAAGAAACAUCACAAAGAAACAUAGUUAAAAGUUAGACUUUGUCACACUGCAAAGUUGAUUGGAAGGCUUAGCAUUAUUUUUAGAAUGUUUCAAAGUGCAAACAUUUUUGACUGCAACAGUAAAGUAUUUUUGAUCUUUAGAAAAAUAUAUAUAUUUUUAUACAUUCUUAUUUUUACCAGUUGUGUAGAAUAUAUUUUUCGUUUCUGGUUCUGAUAAUAAAUAGGGACACCAAUAAGAUUGAUCCUUCAGUGGCAGCUGAAACGCUGCAUUUCAGGGAAGCAACAUGUUGGAGCGUUUGAUUCGCGACUUGCAAAAUAAAAUGAACAAAAUAAACCGGGCUUCGUUUCGGAAUUCCUACGCUUUUCCUAGGAAUUUCACAGGACCAUUCACCGCGCGACCACAAGAUAUUUCUCGAAACGGGUAAACUUCGUUGAUAUAGCUCUACACACACACAGUCACUGAUCACACGUUCAAAAGUUCCAAGGUGCUCAAGACCCUCCGAAACGACGAGAGCAAAGGCACGUUAGCAUAUUCGUUCACGGCGCGGAAGUUGCAAUCGAUAGGUCGAGGAUUAUUAGGUUGGUUACUCACACUUUUCGUCUUCAGUUCUUGCCUCAUUGCGAAAUGAAUAGGAUAAGGAAUAAAAACAAUAACAUUGAUAUUAAUAAUAGAAGUUUAAUAAUUGAAUCAAGAAAACACACAAAAAAAAAAGUGCAGAAAAAACAAGUAUUUAACGUAUUCAGAAUUGUUUCUCUCUCUCCCGAUAUCUAAUGGUCUAGAGAAAUUGUGAAACUGCUGCGGGAAUACCAUACCCAUAAAUAGGAUAAGUCGCUGGAAGGAGGAAGACAGACGAAAAGAUGAAACUGUUUCUAUUAUUCAUUGUAAAAAAAACAGUUGAUUGAUAUUAUUUAUUUUCGUUUCGAAAAUAAGAGUACUCUCUGUAAAGAAUCUGUAAAUAUCAUUGCUCAUCAUUUCCACUAAUUAGCCGUUAAGACUCGACUAUGGUUUUUAUGUGUUAUGCUACGCAUUGUUCACCCAGGUUCUUCGUUAUCUCGGAUCUCGGAAGCGGAAGCGUUCAAAUUGUAAAUAGAUAGGAGAUUUCGAAAUCGAUCCGUUUUUUUUUGUUUGAAUUUGCUUGCAAAGCUUGUUGACAUUUGUGCUGAUGGGCUCGAGGUUUUUCGUUUUAAAGAUUGUUUUGGAACAUACAAUGAUAGACAUUCGUUUAGGCGCACCUUAUUUUUCCUCAAUGUGUUUAAAACUAAGUCAAUUAUUUGUUCAGUUUUGCUCAUAAAUGACGAUUAUUGUUUAUUUUCAUCGAAUUCAUUAUAAAAAAAAACAGUGACAAUUCAAUUUUGACUUUUUUUUAGGUUGCAAUGAAAACCUAAAUACAGAACAUGCAGGAAAAAAUGAAGGAUUUCGAGUGCAUAUAACUCGAACAUUUCUUAAUAGAUCGGAAAGAUGCUUGCAUCAAUUGAUAGAAAAUACUUCUACGCGUCAAUCACAAUUGAUAAAAUGUUAUCUUUUUUGAGAUAAACAAUUGAAUAUCUGUAAAAUGUCAAGCGUUUUCUAAACGCCCUAACUGUCAAGUUUUGAUUGGCCCGAUUUACGGUUUCCCCAAUACAGACCUCUAAAUCAAUGUGUCUGGGGGAAUCCGCUUUGCAAAUAUACAUGCAAGUAAGGGGUAUUUUUGUUCCCACGUUAGGGAAACACAAAUACCCCCUUUUUGUAGGGGGUAUUUGUGUUUCCCUAACGCGGACUUCGAAAUCAAUGUGCCUGGAGGAAUCCGUUUUGCACAUUCUUCGUGAGGAUACCGACUGGACAAUAUCGUUGCUGGGCAAGCUGGACGGCGAGGGAUCGAAUGCUUUUCUCAAGGAAAUGGGGGUAGAGGAGUAAUAUGAGGAAAGAGAAAAUUGCUACAUUCAAUCGAUAAUUUAGUAAAUACAAUACAAAUCCUUAUUAAGACAAGGUAGUCCCAUGUUGGUGCUCCCGUGGUCGAGUGGAUAGCGUCCCACUUAACAUGCCGGGGGUUCGGGUUCGAUUCCCGUUCUAGUCGGGAGAAUUUUUCGUCAAAGAAAUUUAAUCUGACUUGCACUGUGCUCUGUGUUAUAGAAAUGUUAUGUGCAUAGAAAUCUCAACUAAGUACUAAUAAAAAUGACACAAGUAAUACUACGUUGAGACGACGAAGUUCCUCUAGGAAUGUUAGUGCCAUUAAAGAAGAAGAGUCCCACGUCAACCUUGCGGUAAUAUCAUAGAUAUAACCCACCCAUUUUUGUUCUCAAAAUAAUUCAAAUAUGUGAAAUUAGGGUGGACAUUCGUUUAGCCGCAUCCUCAAAUUUCAAUAAAAAAAAUUGUGCAGCAAAUUUCAAGUUCAAUCGGCAGCUAAUAUUUUGUAUGUCCACCUCCAUUUCGGAUCACAUUAAAAAAUCGAUUUGGCAUAGAGUCAGACAGCUUUUGAAGUGUUGUCAUAUCAACCCAGCACUCCUGAAUUACUGCCUUGAGGCUGGAAAUGUUGUCAUAUUGUCGUUCGUUUGCAUAGACCAUCCCGGCAAAGAUUCCCCAUAAAUUCUCUAUGGGAUUGCAAUCGGGACUGCAAGCAGGCCAUUCAAGAAGCGGAAUGUCCUUCUCAGCAAACCAUGCCUUUGAUUGCUUGGAAACGUGGAUCGAUGCAUUAUCCUGCUGAAAAACGAUGUUCUCAGUAGCGUUAUUCUCAAUAUGGCCAAUCAAAACGUCCUCCAGUAACUAAAGAUACCUUUCAGAGUUCAUUCGGGUGGAAAUGAAACAAAUGGGAAGCUUGCUGUGAUAGGAAAAGACUCCUCACACAUUCAAACUUCCGCCCCAAAGUUUCGCUUCGAUCUCACGACAUUCCGCUGACUUAAAUCAUGUCAACAGCAACUGUAACAGUCCGGGCCAUCCAAAUUAAUUUUUUUUGUCGGAAAACACAACAUUUCGCCAUUCUAUUUUCCAUUCCAUGUAUUGCCGGGCGAAAUGUAGACGGGUUUGCUUAUGAGUGGCGGUCAGUUUCGGCUUCCCUUGAAAUUUCUUCCACUUGAUGUUUGGUGAUUCGUUCAAGAUGCGCGCUAUAUGCCUCUUCGUUACUGGAACAACCUAUUCUGCUUUAAAUUGUGAGCAGGACAAUCAUUUCUUUUUUGCUUCGUGUCUUAUUUGACCAUUAAGACGCAAAGUGUUCCCUUUUGUAGGUCGUUUUAUUCCAUAUUUCGGGCCCAUUUUCAAGAAAUCACGUACCGCGACUUGAAAACUUUUCUUCUUUGUACAUCUUUAUUAUUCUUCGUUCUUCCUCUGUUAAUCGAGUACCUUUUUUCUCCGAAGUAAAUUUUCAAAAAAAAAAAACACAGAUAAAGACUCGGUGAUCAUACGAAAACCUGGAUGUCUCGGGAAAAAACGACGUUUGAAUGUUUACAUCCACCGAUGCCGCCUUGUGCGUGUGUGAGUGUGACGCGCGUCCUUUCAAUAAAAGUAACUAAAAUAUAUUACCACUUCGUUUGCUGAAGUGGUAGUAUAUUUAUACCGAUAAAAAGAACAUCCUAAUUGUUUUGUAAGUGUUUCAAGUAUUUUUCAAGUGCGACUAAACGAAUGUCUAUCACUGUACAAGCUAGUUAAUACUCAAUUUGCUAUCCAGUCCGAUCUGACCCGGAACCUGUAACCAAAUUCCGAGCAUUCGGAUCUUAUCCAAUUCGCAUUCAUUGCCAAGCAACGCGCUAUUGUCAGUUUAACUACGCGAUCCUUGUUUUGCAUCGACAAUUGUAGUGACGCUCCGGUGUUCCUUCAGUUGUCGUUUUGAGUCGACAUAUUUUUUUCGUUUCAUUAGAAAGGCGAAUAAACCAAAGAUUAGUUAAAGGCAAAAAAACAAGCAGAAGGAACAGAUAGCUAUAAGAAGUAGGCAAAUAGUAUAUAAUACAAGACAGUAAAUGUGAUUUUUAAACAGAACCUUCACCUCCGUUAGGACUUAGUUACUGCUUUGGUUUGGAAUGUGGGAUCGGAGAUACGGAUCUCGCAUGAAGUGACGCUCGAAUGUCACUUUCUUUAUGCGACGAUUCAGCGUAGAUCGUUCCUUCGUCAUCGACGGAAGCUUGGUCUCCUCUGUCACUGCUCAAAGCGGUGAGAGCGAGGACCUGAUUUGCUGCACCAAGAGCAAGAACCUCACGUCCGGUUCUUGUCUCACGCCUGAAGAAGUGUGUUGUAUUUAGAACCAUCAACCAACAUUCCACUCUUAUUUACACAUCGCCGCUCUCUACUAUUAUCCUAAAUAUAAUUAAAUUCUCUAAAUGUAUAGCAAUAGUGAAUCAUCUCUAAAGACAGUGAAAGUCAACAACAAAACAUAUAUAUGUGUUGCUCUUAUUUGUUCCUCUCAGCUGAUUUCAAUCUUCAAACAAACCGAGAACAAAACAAAGCAAAACAAAAGGAAAAAAAGAAACAACAUUUAAAGUAUUUAAUGAACGCAGACAAAUUCUAUAUUUGCAAAUAUUUGACGUAUAUAAUCCCCAAGAAGAAAAAUUGGAGCAGCUUGCUGAAAUUCAACAUUUGGAACGCAGGGCGGUUUCGACAAUUGCAAAGGAAACAGGCAGAGCCGCAAAACCGACAGCAUUAUAUAUAUAAAGCAAACAGAAAACAAAAUAAUAAAAUUAUUCAACCAUUAUUUAUGAAACAUAAAAAGGUACACACUAAGAUAACUCAAACAAACAAAACAAAAAGAAAAACAAACAAAAAAAGGACAGUAUAUAUACAAGAUGGAAACUGGAAACAACAACAAAAAACAUGCUAUUUAAACUACACAUUCUAUUAUAAAAAUGCUUUGGAUAAAAGUGAAAUAAAAAGGUAAUAAAACACAA